AAAAAUAAUACUUAUGAAUAAUACUGAACUUUGAUUUUUAAUAACAUAUUCUGACUAACACUACAAAUAUGUGUUAAAAACUGUUUCACAAAAAUUAAAUAUUACUAGAAAUCAAUACAUUAUUUGCCAAAAAUAACCCAAACAUAGUUAUUCACUAAACAAUGAGUGACCGGACAGUGUUUGUGUUGGACGUGUCGGGGUCUAUGUCCGGUGCCAAGUGUCAGACCUUACAACUGGAGACCAAACGGUUCAUUGAACGCAUAUCUGACGGCAAUUCAGUAGGAAUUGUGUUAUUUAAUGAACGAGCAUGGUCAGUUUACGCCCUCACACGUAUAUCCAACCGGGAAACCCGAGACACUAUUAUAGCUACUGUUCCUCAAAUGGGUAGCGGCUCUACCGAUAUCAGGGCCGGUAUUAUUGAGGGGUUGGCAGCGUUCACGAGGGCAGGUAUCAGUACAGUCGGCGCUAAUAUAUUUUUGGCCACCGAUGGGGAGCAUGUCUCUGGAAAUCUAGACUACGUGGGCGAUGUGUUACCACAUUUGCACCUAGCUCAAGUACGAGUGGUAUGUCUGGCCAUUGGUGUGACGGCUAACCCACAACUCGAGAGACUGGCGACGGAGACCAGGGGUCGGGUGUAUAACCUGAGUCGUGUGGGCGCCGACAGCCGCGAAAUGAUGGCCCGUAUUAUGGAGGCAGCGAUGCAAGAGGUGAUCACAUCCAAGGAGAUGGCAGAAGUGGUCACCAUAUCUGUGGUCAACGAAAUACUGACCAUCAAUGACAGCACCGACACCAGAGACAUACCGGUGCCCAUAGACCCGGAUAUCGGCCGAAACACGCAAAUACAGGUGCGAUCCGAAGACAUCAAGUCUAUAGAGCUCGACAUUACCAGCCCUUCCGGUACUAUAUUCAGUACCACCGGCGGACAGGUAUCUAAGCGCCUGGAGCUGAAACAGUGUCAGCUAUAUAUGGAUGAGAGUGAACCGGGCGUAUGGAGUAUAAGAGUCAGCAAACAGUGUGAACCGGCUGUUAAGAUACAUGUCAUUGUCGAGAGUGAAGCUACCGGUGCUCACGCUAUUGAAAUGAAAGUCUUUUUGAUAGCACCAGAUGCUGACUGUCCACCGACUAUAGCCUGUAAGCUCUGUAAGGCUAAUGAUCCGAUAGUCGGCGCUAUGGUUACGGCAACUGUGGACAGGCCUAACGGAUCGCAAACUGAUCUCUCGUUAAAUAACUAUAAUAAUGAGGGCUAUUAUUAUGGUUACUAUACUGACUAUAGCGGCACCGGUAGGUAUAAUGUCAGCGUACUGGCCACUAAUGAUGGGUAUAACACCGAGUGGAGAGGCAACUUUAGCGAGCAAUUUCGUAGGCAGAUUGUAGCCGACAGUUUCCAAGUGAGGGACUUACAGGCCUCUCAACCCCCUACCGGUGACCACUUUCAGCAGCUUUUACUAAACAACGCGUUUGGAAAUAUGCGUAUAAAUGGUACCCUCAGUGGACAGGCAGCAGGUGGUACGUCCAGUGGGGCUCAACCAUCAGGUUUUAGCUCCACGUCCACCAAUGUGACCAUGCUCAGUCCACAAAUGCGGGCUCUACGUGAUAAGUUAUCCACAAAUCACUAUAGGACUAAGCUAGCUAUUAAUGGGUCCAAGUUAUCGAAAUCUGAGCAAGCUAAAAUACUGAUCUCGAUAACUGAUUUUGAUCGUUACUUGACGUCAAUUAGGGAGACCUCGGUGGAGGAGAUUAAUAGUUAUCAACGAAGACUCGAUGAUAUUAACAGCAAAAUUAACUUGGCCAAAAAUGUUAAUUAA